UAGUAAGGGGUUAAUUUAGAACUGUACGUUAUGAGGUUGGGCAUCUGUGGAGCAGUGUCGGGGCGAAAAACAAGUUAUUUAUUGCAAUGUUCUAGUCAUACUAAAACGCAUAAAAUGGGGAUGACUGGAUGUAAAAUAUGAGUACGACACACUAGGGGAGCAAACAAAAGACUAAUUAAAAGGUGCGGGAGGCAAUAUUUGAGUUCUAUCAUUGAUUGAACGUGACCACAAUAUGGUCUUUUAACGUUGUACUAGAAGUACGUGAUUUGAACUAUCGCCACUUUACACGUAUCUUAUUUGAAGGUAAAUAAAACCAUUGCGACCCAAAAACCUAGCAAAUUCGACAAAAAAAAUAAAAAUUUUAGGAACUCCUAAAUGGCCCGUAUUCUGAGAAUCACCCUACUGACCCUGUUCGCGACCUGGGCGAGCUGUUGAACAGAGUGCAACAUCACAGGUGUUUAAAGCAUUACUGCAUAAGGGUCGAUAGGACUACUGGCCAACCGGUUUGCAGGUUUAAGUUUCCUUUCGAGGAAGAGCCUAUCACUAGGCUUUUUGAAAAUAAGAAAGGCUUAUGGGAACUAAUUACAGCUCGAAAUGACAGUCUUUUAUAUAAGUACAUGCAGUGGGUGAUUCAGUUGUGGCGAGCCAACAUUGAUGCUAGCCCUGUACUUUCUAUGAAGUUUAUGCUCAGGUACAUUGCCAAAUACACGGCAAAAGGUGAGAAACAGUCUGUGACCUGCCGGGAGCUCGUGGGAGCUAUCCUGGACGAUGCCGGCGACGAGGACUCGGCCUGCUCCGUCAUUCAGAAGCUGCUGAUCAAGACGGUAUCAGAGCGAGACUACUCGGCGCAGGUGUGCCACAUCCUCACCGGCCAGCCGCUACACAUGUCGUCGCGCUCGUUCAAUGUGGUGAACCUGAGGAAGGACGAGUGGGUUGAGCUCCGCCCAGACGGUCACGGAGGCGACGGGGACGGCGAGGACGUCGAUGACCCGGUCGGCCACGCUGACGCCCAGGGUGACGCCGAGCGGCAGGACGCCGCGGAGGGCGAGGAAGGCGCUGACGAGGCAAUCGCUGGGGGAGAGGAUGUUUCAACAUUCCCUGCCUUUGUGAAAGCCUACCAAAACCGUAGGUUGGUUGCCAUGAAUGACUUGACUCUGUUCCAGGUGGCCAAAGCUUACUCUUAACGUAACAAGAGAUGGACCCGCAACAUGAGAAAUGGGCGGCCGUACGACGCCGUGGUGCGGGCAUUCCCCCGCCUCAAACUAACAGGCAACGAGGAGAAGGACGAGGACUUCUACCGAAUCCAGGUGCUGCUGCACGGAGGAGGAUGCCAAGGGUGCGUUCGACACCUGGAAGGCGGCCUUCGAGGCUCGCGUCCCCGCGGGACUCGUCCCCGUGGAGGCCAUGGAGGGCGCCGUGGCGGAAGCGGCCGAGAUGGCUGUGGAGGAGGCUCUGUUCGAGCCGCCCGAGGAGCCCGAGGCCGAGGUCGACGCCGAGGUCAUGGAGCAGUGGAUGGCGCUGGCCAGGAUGGGUCCAAACGGCCAGGCCGAGAGAGUGGAGCUGGGCCGGCGUGAGAUGGACCUGGCCUACGACUGGCAGGAGUCGGCCGGUGCCCAUGGCGACAUCACCACUCUGCGCCACUUCAUCCCCACCCAGAAAGCGCUGCACGUCGCUGCAGAUGACGACAUUGUGGUGGACAACGUCGUCUACACCCCAGAGCAGCAGGGACUUAUCAACUUGGCCCAGGAGCAGAUCAACGCGCUCCGCAAUGGGGCACCUCCCCGCGGGCACGAUGCAGUGCCAAAGCGUGUUCAGAUCCAAGGCAAGGCGGGGUGCGGUAAGAGCACUGUCAUCAGAAAGAUGGUACAAAUGGUGCGAACGCAGUUGGGCCCCAAGGCCGCCAAGCUGAUGGCGCCCACUGGGACCGCUGCCAAUGUGCUAGGAAUGAAGUGCUCCACCAUUCACUCUGCUUGCAGGCUGAGGCCUCGGGAGGCCUACAAGCCCCUCGAGGGCGACAGGCUGCGCAAGUUCCAGGAAGAAUGGGAGGAUGUUUCAUUCGUAUUUGUAGACGAGAGUUCGAUGAUCGGUUGCAGGCUCCUCAGUUCGAUGGAGAGACGCUUGCGUGAGGCGAAACCUCACUGCGACGAGGUGUUCGCUGGUCUCAAUAUCUUUCUUAUCGGGGACGUCCGCCAACUGCCCCCGGUAGGAGACUCUCCGUUGUACUCCGCUAGGCGGAUGGCCGGCAAGAUGGUCUACAGGACUUUCAAACAGGACUUUCAAUAAGUCCUUUAUCCUAUC